UGGUUGCCAUUGCGUGUUAUCGCCCGCCCUCAAGCGUGUUGGAGGGGAAGGUUCAGGGUUCUUGGUGGCCCGUGCAAGAUGCGGUGCCCUUCGCGCUUCCUGAGGAGGAAUGGCAGCAAGGAAGUGAAACCAUCGAGCUCUUUGGCACCUUUGCGUGGCUGAAACCACCCAGAGGUGGACCUCCAUCGCCCAAUAGGAGGGAGCCGGGUUCUGGCCGUGCACAAGUCGCAGAGUUCGAGUUUGACUUCAGCAUUCACGACCUGGUGGGACGACAAGUUCUGGAAAAUCUUCGGGCUUGGUACCGCCCCAAUGCAGGCAGUACAAGGGGCGAACAGCUGGCACAGGCUUUGGCGACCUUUGCCAAGGAGGCCUUAUCCGCCUUUGCUUCGGGACGCCUCAUGCCGGAUGACAAGAAUAAGUUGCUACCCGAAGCAAAAAGGCUCCUGAUCGAAAUGACAAAGCAAGGCUUCAUUCAGAUAUUGAGAGGAGAUUUGAAUAUCAUCUUCGAUGCCUUCGUCUAUGACCCCAGCAGUCGCUACUGGACUCCCCAGCAGCUGCAUUGGUGGGCCGGGUCCAUGGUUCAGUUGAUCAAGUUUGUUCUCGAGAAUUCAUCACCUUCCGAGCAAGAGAGCUGGAAGGACAACGCGCGCCGACAGCUGGCUGACGAAGACAGCGAGUACUACACCCGGGUGGAUGUGCGCGCGUGGCCACAGUUGAGGAAUCUGGUGGAUGGCACAGACACCCAGCUGCAUGGUGGUGCCUUGUGCCGCCGCAUUCGCGUGCAGCUCUGUGCACACGGCAGUGGUCCCUUCGAGAAAUUGGCCGACCUGGAGCAAGCAGCCAAGCUCCUGAAGGAGUUACAGCUCUACCGUGACUUCAACCCUGAGGGGAGCACGGAUCAUGAGAUCUACCAGACCUUUGGGGACCGCAGCCUGAAUUUGGAGAAACGCUCCGAACUCAUGGAGCAAGUCCUCAUGGACGCCCCUCGCUGCCUGGUGCGCCAGGUGCUUCGGAAGAUGGACGAGGACUUGGACGAGACGGAACGUUAUGAAGACCGAGAACACAGGAUGCUGCAGAAGCUUCUCUACAACUUGGACGAAGACAUCCGGAUCUGCAAGAAGGCAUACCUCAAGCUGAUGCGCACAUGGGUCAGGAACGUGGUGGAACACGAAGAGUUGACGCCGGACCAGAUUUGUGAACACAUUGAAGGAGAUGGACAGGAGGAGGACAACUACGAACUCUUGUUGAAGGAUGCGGUGAACUACCUGCACAAGGAGAAUCGCACCUUCGAAGCUGCCAAGAUGUUGGCCAGGCCCAAAGGCCAAACGUCGCGGGUCAGAGAGAGUCUCAGAAACGAUCAGCAGAUCUACUACCUGGCGAAUUUAUAUAAAGCCGUCCAGGAGACAGAGGAUCACUUCGGCCCGGUGGCCGAGGGAACCAUGGCCUUGCCAAGUCCAUCGCAGGAAACGUACCGCGUGCGCAGGCUGCCAGGCAAAGGCGUCAGCAGAGCUCAAGACGACGAGGGAUACCACGAGCUGCAACGACUCUUGGAGCCAACCCCCAGAGCCAUUGGGCUCUGGUGGCUGUGGCGUUGCUUCGAUGGCUACCAUGACAAGCACGCGCGGGCGGCGCUGGUGGUGAUCACUGUUGAGGACCGCUUCUUCUUGGUGGACAUUCUGGAGCUGGAACGCAAGACCAUGCUGAACACCUCGGCUCCCUUAGAUAAGCCUUACUUGGAGUUGAUCAAGCAGAUUUGCGAGGCGCGUCAUUUGUUGAAGGUGGUACAUUACUUGGAGGGCACUGCUUUGCGCGCUCUUCAGCUGGCCUUAAUCUCUGAACAGCAACGUCAUGGUGACGAGAAGCCUUCGAACUACUCCUCGCUGUCGCCCUGUAUCGAUAUGGCACUGGUCGCAGCGUAUCUCUCGGGGACCUCCGCAGGGAAGUGCAAGGAACUUCCCGGUUUAGUCUGGAAAUAUCUGAGACAAGAUCUCUGCGUCACAGAGGCUUUGAGCAACUUCGAGCAUCGUCCUCUACGCGAGUCGCAGGAACACUAUGCGUUUCUUGGUGC